AAUUGCACUUCUUUUUCAGCUCCUACCAAAUGUGACCCUAACCCUUGCAUGAACGGUGCAACUUGCAGACCCGCUCCUCAAUCUCUUGUUGGAUAUAAAUGUACUUGCUCACCUGGCUACGAAGGAGUUAAUUGCGACGACGGUAAGACGGAGUAAUGCUAAAUUAAUUUGUUCAAAAGUUACUGUAAUUAGCUGCAAUAGAUUCUGUCGUAAAGUCUGCGCGUCACGCGUGUUAAGAAACACCUUUGUCUCGCGCGUCGUGUUUUCUUGUAAUAGCUGAUCAUUUGUUUAACUUGAUGAAUGCCUGCCACAAAACUAUUCGCGUUUUCCCUGCUAACAGAGAUCUCUCACGAUGAGACAAAAAUGAGGAGAAGGAGAGAGACUUUCAUUCAUCUCAUUUUUGCCGCGUCGUGAGAGACCUCUGCUAGCAGGGAAAUUCGCAUUUAACGCGAUUCAUAAAAUUAAUCCUGAGAUAUCUCAAAGAAACUGAUAGUCUAGGAUUCUAGUGGGUUAUAUUCCGUAGGUAUUUUUUUAUGUUAUGUGAUAUGCAUUUUGAUAAUCUAGUUUUAAUUUUUUAACUGCGCAAAAAAAAGAGCAUUACCCUUGAUAAUCAAAUUAUUUGAAUCAACGUUUUCUUGUUUUUUGAGAUGUGGACGAGUGUGCCGAAGACAAUGGCGGAUGUUCACACAAAUGCAAAAAUACAAAAGGUAGCUUCGUCUGUUCAUGCCCUGACCCGGAGUUGAAUUUGGCACCCAAUCGUCGUACGUGCGUUGGUAAGGAAACGUAUUAUUUUGAUCUUCUAAUUAUAGGAAAUGAAUGAGCGAGAAUGCUAAGGGGUCAUUAGAGAAUGAAACAUACCAGAUAUUGCUACAAACCUGAUAAAAAAGGUGAUACGUUGAGGGGCAUUCAAAACUCAAAAUAAUGUAGAUCAUCAAAACUAAGAAUCUCUUUCAAUAGAAUGAAUAAGUUGAAAACAUUUCAUGCAUUUUUCUGUCUUAAAACUGAUUUCAUAGCUACUUACACUUUCUUGGAAAAUUUCAGGUUCUUUACGUUGGACUGUAACAGGCCUAUCAUUAAGUGAGGUUUUCAAGCAUCGAAUGAAACUUUAAAUUUUCUUUAAAACCUUAAUAAUUAUUCAUUGACAAUAUUUUAUCCUAUAGCAUCUGGUGUAUCAGUGCAAUGUCACCAAAAUGACAUGUCUAUCACCCUGCCUAAAGCUCUUCUUCUCGGCUUAAAUCGUGAACAUGUCACCCUGCGAGAUGUGAAGUGUGUUGCUACGGAAACAAGGACAAACUUCACCCUUAAAACUGCAUUGACCGGUUGUGGUACAACCGCCAGACACAGAGGAGGUUUUGUGGUUUAUAGCAACACAGUCUUGGAGAUCCCAGUUGCAGAUGACGCCAUUAUAACGAGAGUUCGUGAGAUCGAGAUACCCUUCAGCUGUUUCUACAAAAACUCGGGUGAUGCUACUGCUGUUGGAGUUAAACCUGACACCAGGAAGUUGGUUUUUGAUGAAAAUGGAAAAGGAAACUUCACAGUUGCUUUGGAUAUGUUCCCAGAUAAAAGGUUUAUAAUGGGUUUUAAAUACCAUUUAAAUAACUAUUUUAGCUUAUCCAUGAUCCUCUGUUGCACCGAAACACAUUCAUGGAAGUUGGAUAAAACCUGGCAGUAGCUUAGUGUAAAGUGAAUUGCAUCCUUAAUGCGUUGUCGCCCUCAAAGAAAUUACUUAGAAACUGAAAAUGAAUAAAGCAGAGCGUACUUUUAUUUUGAUAUUUUUUGAAAAUAAUCUGAUCUUGUCAGUGUCGCAUUUCACUAUGUUGAUCUUUAGCUUCGAGGCAGCUUAUACCCAGAGUGAUUAUCCUGUGGAAGUCAAGUUGAGACAGUACCUCUUCUUCCAAGCAUCUGUGAAAACCAAGGACAAAACUCUGUCAGUUUUGGCUGAGAACUGUUACGCUACACCCUCCCAGGACAGACAACACGAUGACAAAUAUCAUCUCAUCAAGGAGGGGUAAUUUAAAAAAAAUCUUUUACUGCAUUAUUAGAUUAGAUUUCGGAAAUAAAAUUUUCAAAAAGUUUAUUAAGCAGACUGCAUAUUUAAAUAAAAAAAGACUACCUUUUACUUUCAAAAAGUAGUUAUUUCUCUUUAAGAAAAAUUGUCGUUUUUCAAAUUGUUUCUCAUUACACUUCACAAUCGAAACAAGACUUUUGAAUGACCUCAGCUGAAACUGCGAAUUGUUUGAAAACAAAAAACAAAAAAAACAAAAUUGUUUGUAAGAAGUUUCUGGUUAAUGUUUUUAUGUAGAAGUACUGUACAAAAGAUUCUGUGAUCUAGAAUACAAAUUUGCCCUUAAAUGCUAAAUCUCCUGUUUUUAAGUUUUCUUGUUUUCCAUUUCAAGCUCACAAUAAUGUCAUGGCGAUCAUUAUCUGUGCUUCCAUUUUUUCCUUUUACAAAGAACCACAUUAUAGCAUACUAACUGUUGAUAGUAAUUGCUGACUAUGACAUUUUUUAUCUUUCAGUUGCCCAGUUGAUAAAACAACCAUCACCAUACAAUCGCAAAAAGUGGGUGUGGAUCGUUUCAGUACUGAAGCGUUUAAGUUCAUUGCUGAUCACCCAUUCGUGUUUGUCCACUGCCAAAUAAGGAUAUGUGACGCAAGAAACCCUGGAUCAAGAUGUGCACAGCGAUGUAUCAAGGAAGGCAGAUUAAGACGUGACGUAAGCGAUGAAGACAAAUUAUACCCACUGGCACAGGGACCCCUCACAUUUGCAAGUGACGCAACGGAAAUGAAAUCAAGAAAAAGAUCAAAUAAAAAAGGUACUUGUUACUCUAAUAAAAUAAUCAAUGAAAACGUUAGAAGUCGAAGAAAGUGGCAAUCUCUUAUCUAGCACUCGAAAUUUAUCAAAAAAUGCCCUUGAGUAAGAGCAGAAUAGGGAUGUACUUUAUGUAUGACAGAUGAAGUUUCGCCAUAUUAGCAUCAUGUGUAUCGGUGUGCGUAGAAAACCCUGCACAAGAAUACAAUGAUCGGUCGAUAUUUCUUCUGAAUUUUAUGGUUGUAUCACUGCUUUAAUCCAAAUGAACUUAUGACUUAAAAGAACUAAAACAACUAUCACUAUUAUACACAAAGGUAACGAGUCUCGUUGGUAAAAAAAUAUUUCAGCAUGCAUGAAUUUUCCUGCUUUCUAAAUACCCACGCCUGCAUGCUGCAUGCACCAUUUGUUUUAUCCUGUAAGGUUUACCCUGGGGUUAUGUACGUCUUAUCGUCAUCUUUUACUCACAAUUAACACAAAUUUAUGUUCAAUAUUUCAGACAUGACUGUGCCUGCUGUGAUUACCAUGGGAAUACUAUCAGCGCUUUGCCUGAUGGGAAUGGCUUACUUGUCUCUCAAGAAUACAAGCAAGGCCACCGCCUACACUAUCGUUCCAGCAAGCUUUUGA